AUGCAUCUCAUCCUCACCGGCGCCACAGGCCUGGUCGGCUCCGGUGUCCUCGACGCCAUGCUGGCCAUGAAAGAAGUCACCAAAAUAUCCAUCCUGAGCCGACGACCUGUCAAAAUGGCCGAGGACGCCCAUGAUCCCCGGGUGCAGGUCAUCGUGCACAAGGAUUUUGAAACCUACGACCCAACAAUCCUCUCCCAGCUGCAGGGGGCAACAGGCUGCGUAUGGGCCCUGGGAAUCAGCCAGACAAAAGUCAACAAAGACGAGUACGUCAAAAUCACCAAAGACUACGCCCUCGAAGCCGCAAAAGCCUUCCGCAGUCUCCCCCCGCCAAACCAGCCCUUCCACUUCAUCUACGUCUCCGGCGCAGGCUCCACCACGCAGCCCGGCUUCUUCGCUUCACUCUUCGCCCGCGUCAAGGGCGAGACGGAGCUGGAACUCGCAGAGUUCCGUCGCCAGUUCCCGCUGUUUAGGACGAGUUCCGUCCGGCCUGCGUUUAUAGACUAUGCCCACCAUGACGCGAUUAAAAAGUACCUCCCCCCGCGGCCUAUGUACGAGAGUCUGUUCCAGCCCCUGGGGCCCGUAUUUCGGGCGGCGAUGCCGGGGCUGUGCAGUCCGACGGAGCAGCUGGGGAGGUUUCUGACGGAGAUGGCGAUGGGGAGGUAUGAGGAUCGGUUGGUUGGGAAGGGUGUGCAGAUGGUGGGGGAGAUGCCUAUACUUGAGAAUACGGCGUUUCGGCGGUUAGCUGGGUUGAGUUUGUAA